AUGAAUUGUGACUUAGAAGAGUAGAAUUAAUAGAGUUCUCACCAAGUUUAUUCUGAUAAUGAGGUGAUAGAAGACUAUCCGUAUAUUGUUGAUUAUGAGUAACUGAGAAACGAUAUUGCAUUUUAUUUAUUGGUGUCUGUUCAGGUGGUUUUUGUCUUUUUAGCUAAGUAAUUAAAUUUUGAUGGAAUAGCAAGUUAAUCAUUAAAUAAUUAAAAUCCGUCUUCUUCUUAAAAUGAAGGGAAGCAAUAAUAAAACUCCAUUUUGCAAUCUGAAAAGGAACCAUAUAGCGUUAUAUGGAGCACUUUUAAUAUAUUGAUGCUAAUGAUUCCUUUUUUCCUUUUUAGCUAUUCAAUUUAUAUAUAUAGGAAAACUAAAUCACCAAACUAUUAUAAGGUGUAAAAAGUAUUCAAUUAAGUAUUUAUUAUCCUAAUAGCAUGCUAUAUAUUUUCUAAGCCUUCAGCUAAUUAGAAUAUUCUAUUCAUUUAGUAAACGCUUCCUGCUGAAAAAGUUUACGAUGGAUAAACAAAUAAUUCAUAUACAGAAAUGUAUGAUUUAUACUUUUUGCUUUUGCUUAAUUGUAAAAUAAAUUAGAAAAUCACUACAUUAAUGAAUUUACUGCUAAAGAUCUGCUUACAUAUAACAAUUUUGAUUAUUUCAAUGUAAAAGACAUCAUACUAGGGAUAUAUAGCUCUCGGAAUAUGCGCUUUUCAGUUCAUUAUUGUAGAUGUUUUACAAUAUAUAUUGAUAAUUUACUAAAAUUAAAAUUAAUUUUUGAUGUGUUCUUGCUCAUCGUUGAAAUGUUAUUAUUCUACUGAUAAUUAUUAGCAAUAAUAAUUAUCACCUGGAAAGUAAAAUAAAUUGCAAAGCAGUGGCUUACAUUAAUAUUACACAACUUACAACACAAAUUUAGAUGGUACUUUAUAAAAUGAUCACAGUAUUCUGAAAAACUAACUGCAUUAAAAUCAUUCAAACUACGUCAAAACAUAUAAUAAUUUAUCUAAAGAUGGCUUGCUGGGCUAACAGAGCCAGUAAAUUCACAGAUUCCUUACAAAGAGAAACGGAAUUGAAAUGUAUUAAUAAAAUAGGAAAAUAAGAAAAAUAAAUGUUUCGUCAAUUAAUAGUUUUUGGAAUACAAAUAAAAGGGAUUAGUUUAAAGGGGAUAUUUAAUACUUAAAGGAAUCUGAAGAAAAGUGGUAAUAAUAUUUGAAUGAAAUACCUUCUGGAAUUAUUCUAAUUAACAAAAAUCUCAAAUAAGUUAAGUUUGCAAAUGAGUUUAUUCGCUAAUUUUUUCUAAGGAAUUUUAGAAAAUUCAAUGAAAAUGAAAUACUAAAUAUGAUUUUACGUGAAAUAGAGUUUAAAAUUCUCUCCCACAUUGUUAAUCACAUGUCAAACGAAAAGAAGAGAAUUACUCGCUUUAGCAGUAGUGCAAAAAAGCAAGUCAGAGAGAGUAUUUCUAAUGCAGAAAAAAAAUCCUAAAAAAGGAGUAGCAAUAAUAUCAAUAAUUUUUAUGGUGGAGAGACUAAAAAUAGUACUGGAAAUCUCUCAAUAUUUUAGUUUACAGGAAAAAAUAUUGCUGAUGAUCAAAACUCUCAAAAAUCACCACUAACCCAGCCUUUGCCAAUAAAUUAAACAAUCAGCAAUAUCAACACACAUACUUCAAAUUAGAAUAUACAAAAGCAAGAGAAUGAGAAGACUACAACUUUAGAAUCUAUCUUAACUAAUUUUGAUUAAAGUCAUAAUACUCUGAGAGAUAUUGAAAAUAGUACUAUAGAAAUAUAUACAAAAAUUUAAAAUGUUGAGAAUAAGGAAGGCAUUUCAAUAAAAGGAAAGGUGCUCUAUCGCAACGAUGGAGACGAGUUCAUGGUUAUUUUGGAAGAUAAUACAAAAUUUGAAAACGUUACAAAUUUAGCUGAUAGAGACGAUUAUAAAAAUAGACUAAUCAGCUCUUUUUCUCAUGAGCUAAGAACCCCCUUGAAUUCCAGUAUGGGUUUCUUACAGAGCGGUUUACUUGAUGAGACAAUUAGUGAAACAGCAAAAAAUAUCUAUUUACUGCCUGCUUAUUAAGCACUUAAAUUGUAGUAUUAUUUUAUAAGUGACAUUCUCGAUUUUUCUUAAAUCCUAGCUAAGAAAGACCUUCAAUUAAAUUUUGUUAAAUUUAACAUAUCCAAGCUAAUAUGCGAUAUUAAGGAUCUUUACGAGUUAAGCUUCUCAUCUAAAGGAAUAUUUUUAGAUUUUAGUUUAGACAGUAAGAUUUAAAAUUGGGAAAUUUGCACUGAUUAUGACAGAUUAAUGCAAGUUCUUGUAAAUCUAAUUAACAACUCCCUAAGAUUUACACUAAAAGGUGGUGUUACUGUAAAAAUAAUACCCACACUGCAGAAUAACUUAUGCAUACAUGUAAUUGAUACAGGAGAAGGUAUGAACGUCAUGCAGUUUGAAUAAAUCAAAUAAAAGCUAUCUUAAUUCGGAACAACUGGCAUUCCUAUUACAGAGACUUAGCACACAGGAUUUGGCUUAACAAUUUCGCAAAUUAUUGUGAGUAUUCUGGCUUCUGAAUCUAAUUAAGAUUUAGAACUAAAAAAAACUUUCGGUGGAGGAUGCACUUUUAGUUUCUGCAUAGAGAACAUAUUAAACCUCCAAACAAGUUAUAGCAUGACUUCUCAUAAUAAUAGCAGGAUAGAUAUUGCUAAGGCAGGAACUAAAAUAUUUGCUCGUAAAGAUAUUAAAAAAUAUACUUAUGCUCACAAAACUAUAGAAAAGACUUUUUCUAAAACUCUGCAGUUUUCUUCUCAUAGUCUGUAGCCUAGACAUGGUAAGGAUCUAAAGAGAGGUAAUUCUGCUAGCAUUUCUAAGAUAGAAGAUUUAAAAGCUCCAAUAGGAGGAGCUAAGAUACAAUCUUCUUUUUUCAAAAAAAGUAUACAGCCUCAGUAGCAAGAAUAAGUUGAUACAUAAGAAUUGGCAAUGUUUUAAGAAAACGAAUUACACAGUUACGAUAUGAAUGAGUAAAAUGAUAAAUAUGUUAAUAAUAACUUAACCGUGUCAGAAAUAAAUAAGUAAUAAUAAAAUGAAACCGAAGGAAAUUUAUUAUUUUAGCAAACAAAAAAUACAAAUCUCAAUCUGAUAUAAGUUUAAACACCUUCUCAUAAUCCAGAAGAAAAUAUGGUUAUGUCAGGAUUAAAUUUGUACAAUAAUUAAAAUUCUUCUUACUCUCAACAAAAAAGGUUUUUCAUAACUCAAUCACAAGCAAUACUUAUUAAUCAUAAUAAUAAUGUUCAGAUUUAAAAAGAAAAAUCUUUUAAAUUUUAAGACCAUGAUAAUUAAGAAAUGAAUAAAUCCUAUUUAUAAAACGAAUCAACUAUAUCACACAGCGAUUGUUUUGAAAAUAAAAUAAAUUAAUAUAAUUUUAAUGCUUUAAUCCACUCAAAUCAGUAAAUGUUUUCAACCCCAACAAAGCAAUUUAACAAGCUUAGCAUUUUUGAUAGCAUUAUAGAAAAUGAUUUAAAUUUAAUUGAACAGUAACAAAAGCUUAAAAAGGAUUUAAAUUUAAUCCCUCAAAAACUAAAUAUUUCAUAAAAUUUAUCAGAAAAACAAGUUGACAACUAAUCGACUUCUGCAUAAAUAAUAAAUUAAGAAAAAUCUUUGCUGGAUUGCGACUAAAUUUAAACACCGCGGUAUAAUAAUUUAAGCAUAAGAGUGGACUCAGCAAAUAAACCUCCAAAAUUUUUUGAUGCUAUUAAUACUCCAUAAAACCUUGAUAUCGUGAUAGCUAAUGAUUAAAAAAAAGACUAACUCAGCUUAAUUAAAACUAUUAUUCUUGCACCAGGCUCGAAAAGAGCUACUCCUAGUAAAUAAAAUAAUGUUAAGUUUUAGUUUUAGACAGAAUCUAAGAUAACAUCUGUGAAAGAAGAAUUCUCUAGCUCAGAUAAGGAUUUUAAAAAUUUAAAUAAUUGUUUUAGCAAAUCUUCUUCAAAGGAAAAUAGCAAAGUUUAAAAAUAAGACCAAAAAGAUAAUGUAAAUUUAUAUGAGAAUUUUUUACAAAAAAAGCUCUCUGAAUUCAAUGGAGUAUCUGCCUAAAAUACAAAUCGCAGUAGCUAUUACUAAAAUUAAAAUGAAAAAACACAAAAAAAUACAUAAUAAAAUGAUAAUUCUAUGAUUGUCAAUAAUUAAUUAAAUGGAAACAAUAUAAAAUCAUUGGAACACAUGAACAAUAUUUUUUAUAAUCAAAUGCAAUUAAGCGAAUAGUUCAGUGAAACUUCAUGGCAAAUACCUCACAACAUCUAAAAUAACCAAAUUAAUAGCACAAUCUACAGUAAAAAAAAUAAUUUAACCAACUCACCUCAAGGAAAUAAUUCAUCAUUCAACUAAAAUAUAUUUUUUAACAUUUAAAAAAUGAAAUAAGUUACAGAUACUACUUUUUAAAAUGGAAAUAAUGUCCAACUCGAAAUACAACAAAGUAAUUUUAACGACAUAGAAACAGCAAAUUUCUAAAGAGAAACUUCCACAAAUUAAAAUACAAUAAGAAAGUAAAUGAAGAACUCAAGUUGGCUAAGAAAAGGAUCACUUUAGUUGAUAGAAAAGGAUGAAAGAUCUAAUCCUUAAGAUGAGCCAUAAUAAAUGAGUGAAAUCAUAGAAAGACCAAUAGCUCAACACUAAUAAAUAUUCAUGAAAUGCUAAUGCAGGAGAAUUUUAUGUGUAGAUGAUGAAGUUUUUAACAUUCAAGUGUUGAUGCUACUAUUUUAAAAGUUAGAUUAUAAAAUAGAGAAAGCAUUCAAUGGAAAAGACGCCAUAGCUAUAUUUAUUUAAUUUUACAAUCAGAAAUAGAAGUAUCAGUGCGAAAGUCCAAAUUGUACAGUCUUUAAGGCUAUAAUUUUAGAUUGUAAUAUGCCUAUAAUGAAUGGAUGGGAUUGUGCUAAGGAGUUAAGAAAUUUGAUGAACCAAAAGAAAUUACCAUCUAUUCCCAUAAUAGCUUUAACUGCAUAUGUAGCUCAAUAAUCUUACAACCAAUGUAUUGAAAGUGGUAUGGACGACGUACUUAACAAGCCUAUCAAUAUAGAAGUUUUAAAAUACAAAGUUGAAAGUUACAUUUACCUUUAUGAAACUGACUAGAAAAAUAUUUAGUGGGUUUGA